UCGGUCUUCAAAUUUUCUCUAUAAAGUUCAGAAAAUAAAUAGUUAAUAAAGAAAUUAAGGAAAGUGUUGAAAUAUAAUAAAUAAAUUAUCUUGAAUUGACAAUUCUCAAAAAAAACAUUAAAAUGUCCGAGAAAAACGAAAAUGGAAACAACGAUUACAGUGAUGAGCCCAUCAGCGAGCCUGAGCAAUUGCGUAAGUUGUUUAUUGGCGGCUUAGAUUACCGCACUACUGACGAGGGUUUAAAAGCCCAUUUUGAGAAGUGGGGUAACAUUGUUGAUGUCGUCGUCAUGAAAGAUCCCAAGACAAAGCGUUCUCGAGGUUUUGGCUUUAUCACAUAUUCACAGUCGUAUAUGAUUGAUAAUGCCCAAAAUGCUCGUCCUCACAAGAUUGACGGUCGAACUGUAGAACCUAAACGUGCUGUACCACGUCAGGAGAUUGAUAAUCCUAAUGCCGGAGCCACAGUUAAGAAACUGUUUGUUGGCGGACUUCGCGACGAUCAUGACGAGGAAUGCAUACGCGAAUACUUCAAGGACUUUGGUAACAUUUUGGGUAUUAACAUUGUUUCUGACAAAGAAACUGGCAAAAAGCGUGGUUUCGCUUUUGUUGAAUUUGAUGAUUAUGAUCCCGUUGACAAAAUUAUUCUGCAAAAGAGCCAUACCAUCAAAAAUAAGACUUUGGAUGUGAAAAAAGCCAUAGCCAAACAGGAUAUUGAUGGCGGUCGUGGUGGCGGCGGACGCGGAGGUGGCGGUGGUGGUGGUCGUGGUGGUGGCCGUAAUGACCGUGGUAACCAAGGUGGUGGCGGUUGGGGUGGCAAUCGCCAAAACGGUGGCAAUUGGGGCGGAAAUAAUUUUGGCAACAAUGGUAACUUUGGAAGCGGCGGCCAAGGUGGUGGACCUGGAGGUUGGAAUAGUCAACCAGCUGGAGGUCCUUGGAACAGUGGUGGUGGAAAUGACGGCGGAUGGAACAAUGGUGGUGGAUUUGGCGGUUCUCAACCCAAUGGUGGCAGUAGUGGUGGCGGUGGAGGUUGGGGUAGUAAUAGCGGCAGCGGUGGUGGUGGUAGCGGCAGUUUCGGCAAUGACUACCAACAAAGUUAUGGUGGUGGCCCUCAACGUAGUAAUUUCGGCAAUAACCGCCCUGCACCAUAUGGUUUUAAUAAGGGAGGUAACCAAGGUGGUGGUGGUGCUCAAGGUGGUGGAUUCGGUGGUAAUAAUUACAACAGUGGUGGUGGCCCCGGUGGCGGUAACAUCGGUGGCGGUGGUGGUGGCGGUAACAGAAGAUAUUAAAUAUAAGACUGACAAUGUAUCUAUCCUCCUGUGAUUGAAUCUUUCCUACUAUACCACAGACUAAUAUAAAUGAGUACACGAUGUCUUGGAAAUGGCUCAUGAGGAUUGUAGAGCCCAUCUGUAAUGGUAAGUUUAUUAUUUAAACAUAAAUAUUUAAGAUUUAAUCUCUUUUCAGACUUAUAUUUUAUACAAUAUAUUUUAAAAUAGUACAUUAAUAAAUUCAUGAAAUAAAAUUAAAA